GAGCGAGGGGAGAGAGACCGUCUGGCUCCUAGGGAGAGAGAGAGUCCCUGGCUCCUAGGGAGAGAGAGCGAGGGGAGAGAGACCGUCUGGCUCCUAGGGAGAGAGAGACCGUCUGGCUCCUAGGGAGAGAGAGAGUCCCUGGCUCCUAGGGAGAGAGAGCGAGGGGAGAGGGACCGUCUGGCUCCUAGGGAGAGAGAGCGAGGGGAGAGAGACCGUCUGGCUCCUAGGGAGAAUUUGCGUGUCAUCCUUGCUAGGGAGAGAGCGAGGGGAGAGAGGCCGUCUGGCUCCUAGGGAGAGAGAGAGAGCUCCUGGCUCCUAGGGAGAGAGAGCGAAGGGAGAGAGGCCGUCUGGCUCCUAGGGAGAGAGAGCGUCUGGCUCCUAGGGAGAGAGAGAGCUCCUGGCUCCGAGGGAGAGAUCCUCUGGCUCCUAGGGUAGGAGGAAAGGAGGUGAGCAAAUCUCUGUCUUCUCGUCGGAGGUAGGGAGAGGAGAGAGAACCCAUCUGGAGAGAGAGAGAAAUGUGUGAGUGGUUCCCAUCUCCUGGGAUGAGCAAGGAGAAGUAAAGGUUGGGAAGACCUCCCACCCGCUCCGUCUCCGAGGAUAGCAGCAGGGGACACCCCGGUUCUGGGAGAAGAGGGAAGGAGAGACACAGAGACCAUUCCUUCCAGCAGAGACGAGAAUAGAUCAAUAAUAGACCCCUAAACCCUGCCACAGAAGGAAAGGGAACAGACCCUGUCGCAUGAGAGGGCAGUGGAGAGACGAACCCGUAUCUUGACCCUGUCUCCUCCAGCAGACAAGACAGUCUCCAUCUCUUGGAAGAGGAUAGGGGAAAGACCUCCCCCCCCCCAUCUCCUGGGAGAGAAGUGAUAUCCUGUCUCGCGGCAAGAGAAGAAAGGGCAAAUGACCCUUGACUGCUGGCAAAGCAGAGACGCCGCGCGUUAUUUGGGAGAGGAGAGGCUUUAUCCGCGUCUCCAAGAAGAAAGAAGAGAGACCGCAUCUUCAGAGAGACUAAGAGAGGUGGAGGGGUCUCUGUCUCCCUGGGUCUGGGUAUUUGUCGGGGCCCCGCAAUGGAGCAGUACACGAUCCUGGGUCGCAUCGGGGAAGGGGCCCAUGGGAUCGUGUUCAGAGCCAAGCACAUCGAGAGUGGGGAGACAGUGGCGCUGAAGAAGGUGGCCUUGAGGCGUCUGGAGGAUGGGAUUCCCAACCAGGCCCUGCGCGAGAUCAAGGCCCUGGAGGAGAUCGAGGACAACCCCUACGUUGUCAAGCUGCGCGAUGUCUUCCCGCACGGCACGGGCUUCGUGCUCGCGUUCGAGUUCAUGCUGUCAGACCUGGCCGAAGUGAUCCGCGAUUCGGAGCGCCCGCUCUCCCAGGCGCACGUCAAGAGCUACAUGAGCAUGCUGCUCAAGGGCGUCGCUUUCUGCCACCACAACUCCAUCAUGCACAGGGAUCUGAAGCCAGCGAACCUCCUCAUCAGCUCCAUGGGCCACCUCAAGAUCGCCGACUUCGGCCUCGCGCGCGUCUUCUCCAACGACGGAGACCGCCUCUACAGCCACCAGGUCGCCACGCGUUGGUACCGCGCACCUGAGCUGCUGUACGGAGCCCGAAAGUACGACGAGGGUGUGGACUUGUGGGCGGUGGGCUGCAUCCUGGGCGAGCUGCUCAACUGCUCCCCGCUCUUCCCCGGAGAGAACGACAUCGAGCAGCUGUGCUGCGUGCUGCGGGUGCUGGGGACCCCCAACCAGCACGUGUGGCCGGAGAUAACGGAGUUGCCGGAUUACAACAAGAUCGCGUUCCGGGAGAACGCGGCGCUGCCCCUGGAGGAGGUGGUUCCGGACGCGCCACCCGAGGCGGUGGAGCUGCUGCGCCGGCUGCUGGUGUACCCGUCGCGCCAGCGCAUCCCCGCCAGCGAGGCCCUGCUGCACCCGUACUUCUUCACGGCGCCGCUGCCCGCUCACCACUCGGAGCUGCCCAUCCCGCAGAGGGGGGCGCGGGGGUCUCGGCGCGGGGUGGGGGGCGGGGGACGUCCCCCGGCCGUGGAGCGACCACUAGUGGAGUCGCUCGUCGACCCGGCCACCGUCACCCCCUUCGCUGUUGCCUAGAGGGGCACCCACAGGAGUCUCCCUGACACUCGGAGGGAAGCCCUAAUACAGCGGUCUCUUGGUACGGAAGUCUCCUAUACAUUCAUAGGGGUCUCUGAACAAGUCACAGGAGUCGCUGAUGUAGGGGUCUUCAGGACACGGGUUCCUGAUACUCACAGAGGUCCAUGGCGCACACAAAGACAAAGUUUCCCCCGAUAGCCUGUUGGGGCAAGUGCUGUUACCUAUUAUAACCGUCACAACACAAGGGGGUGUUGUGACCAGCACCACACCCUCCUUGUUUCUCCACCGCUUACAUUUACACAUUUCAGCAGGUACUCAUUUUAGGUUGAGUCUACCUAGGGGAGACCCAGUAUCUAAUCAUAUAAUUUCCACCAAUGUUAACCACGGCCCCGAGUUUGCAACGCAUAUCGCUAACCAUUGCACCACCACUCCAGACACCAGAGGGGAGUUCUCCAGCUACCGUGGUCCACACGGUUGUCCCUAUUGUCAUUCCACGUGUCCAGCGGUGGAAAUUGCACAUUACUGUGAUUGGAUUAUGUGUGCUUGUAUAUAAACUGUACAUAACAAAAGAUCCAUUGUCCGUUGCAGUGAAUCGUCGCAUUUUCACAUGGGUCUACUCAUGAGCUGGAUCCAGUUGAGUCGAAACCCGUGGUGCUUGCUUCAUAAUCGGUGAGGGUGGGGCAAGAGGCCUUUCUGUGUCCUGGUGAUCACAGACGUGGCGUCAGCAGCCAUGACCAGGCUAGGAAGCAGCCUGGUGCCCUAUAGAGGUUUGUGCUGCUGCUGGUGGUGGUGGUGAUGCUGCUGCUGGUUGUGGUGAUGCCAGCCGAUCAACAAACCAACCGCGCGCGUUGAGCACCAGGACACGAAGGGUUUGUACGAUUAGCAUGGUAAGCUACGUACGGUGUCAAAGGAGUUCAACACAGAUACCACACGUCGGCCUCUUACCACCACCCCACGAUAAUAAACAUUUAACAAAACUAGAUUUGAAGCUUUUGUGACUACAAGGUUUCAUAUUCUUAGGUUUUUUCGGUAAAGUCACGUAGGUAAAAAAUUUAAGUUCUUGUUUUUGCAGUUAACUGCAGUUAACUGCAAAAACAAGAACAACUUUAAUUUUUUACCUACGUGACUUUACAGAAAAAACCUAAGAAUAUUUAACAAAACGUCGGGUUAACAACAACAACAGCAACUCUGGUGUGCCGCGUAGCUGUGAGGAAGCAGGUGAGUCUGUAGGCCACGUUUGAAUCUUGGGAUCCUUCAUUCGCUUUGGCAAUUGAAGGACCCGAACGCAGGAGGAACAGCUCCAGCUCCUCUCUGCUGCUUCGACGCCGAUGAGGACCAGCGCAGUGAGCCGCGGUCACAACGACAACAACCACACCACGUGGAGGAAGAGAAGAGAGGUGCGGAGAUAUUUCCUCCAUAAAUGGAACGAGCAGGGAACUCCACCAAACUGCGAAUGCGGUGAGGCGCAAACCAUCAGGGUGCAUGUCAGUGAUGACUGCCAGCCCAAUACAACGCGCGAAUUCUGGUGGAACAACCCGACUCCAAAUUUCGAUUUGAAGCUUUCGUGACUGCAGGGAUUCAUCUUCUUGAUUCUUUCGGUAAAGUCACGUAGAAUUGAAAUAAUAAAAUAAUAAAAAUGUAAUAAUACAAAUAAACCAAUAAAAUAAUUCUCACGACGUUUUGGCCACAACGCAAGCAGCCGUCCUCAGGUGAAGAACAGGUCCGUCGAUAAGACAGAGUCUGAAUUCUACGUGACUUUACCGAAAGAACCAAGAAGAUGAACCCGACUCCACUCAACUACCACCUCGGAUGCUGCCGUGAAAUGACUCACAACAUCACGCACGCAGUUGUAGCCUGCUGCUGGGUUUUUAGUACACUUAUUUAACUCGCCCUGUUUGUUUAAAUUCUUUCAAAUGUUUUUGACGCUUCAUAUUUUCGGAUCAAAGAAGCCAAACGAGUUUAAAUGUUGUACACACAGACUCGGUCGUCAUCUCGCGUGAC